AUAAAAUCUCUAAAAAAAUUUAAUAACAAAAAAAAGUCGAAAAAGUAAAAAAUAAUGAGUAAGUAAAUAAGCAUUAUUUUAAUUUUCGUUGGUCUAUUUUGUGCUAGUUUUGCAUAAAAUUUUGAUUUCAAGGAUUAAAUGAGAGCUGAUAGAUGUAAAAUUGUUCAAAAUAAUCUUCUUAGACAUACAGAUAAGAUGAUUGAUGCUUAUGAAAAAGAAUAGUACACUCGCAGUUUCAUAGAAACAAUUAAAAUGAGUAAGCUCUUACCAUUUGUAAAUGAUGAGUGUGAUUUAACUCUUUCAAACUUCUAAGGAGCUGAAAGCCUUAAUUCUUAAUAAAUUUUAUCUUAAAUUUACUAAAUUGCUAAGAAAAUAGCUGCUUCACGUCAUAAUACUUUUGCUUUAGUUUCAUAUGGUCGUGAACUUACUGAAUACAUCUAAGUUUUACAUGAUAAGGGUUUGGAUGAAUCUACAUUGUUAAAUACCUAAAUCAAUGAAUAAGGAAAAAGAGAAUCUGGUGCAUGGAGCUGUGUAAUUUGUGGUGCUUUACUUAAAUUAGGACUUAACGAUGCUAUCUACAAAAAAGUUGAUAUUGCUGACUAUAUGACAAACCAUUUCUGUAAGUUAUUCCCUCAGUAAUUAAAUGGAACUUGUAAUUAAUUCCUUAAAAUUGUUGGUCCUUAUCUUGUAGAAGCUGCUGCUAACAAGUACAACUCAGAUGUUAUUUGCGCUAAGAUUGGAGCAUGUGAGGGCAAAUAUUUAUAAUGCCAUAUCAAUGGUACAUCCAAUCCUGAUCCUUAAUCUAGCCAAAUUGAAGAAAUACUUAGCUAAUUUAAGACUGACCAAGCUGUAUUCCAAUCUCCUUGGUAAUGGAUUGUUGAACUUUUUAACAAUUUCGCUAAUGACCAUCUUCCUGUUGUUGACCUGGAUAAUGACGGUUUUUCAACUAUCCCUACCUUGCGUGGCUACAAUUGGAGAGGCUAUGAUUGCAAUGACUUCCAUAAAGACAUACGUCCUGGUGUUAAAACAUAUGCAGGUGAUCAAACUAUUGAUUACAACUGUAAUGGAAUAUGGGGUGUUGACACUGUUUCUGGAAAGCCCUAUAAAGAAGUUUUAUGUGGCAACUCUGAAUAAUAUGGUAUUGUUACUAUGGGAGACUCAGCAGGUGCUCAUUUCGAAAUCCCUCCUGCUUACUUAAAUGUCACCCUUUGGAAUGAAAAACCAUUUAGCGAUAUUUUGACUAGAAUUGCAGACGAAUUUGAUCUUCCUCAUAAGAGUGGAACAACUGGUUACGAAUUCAAUUAACCUUUUGUUAACAGUCUCUACAAGAAGCUUUUGGAGUAAAACAGAUGUAUUAGAAACGAUUAUUAAAAUUUAGGUGUCAAUGGUGCUAUGAGUACUGACAGCUUAAAAAAUAUUAAGGCUAUUCGUAGAAAUCAAACAACUGAUUAUCCUCUUUGGAUCGUUUUUGAAUUGAUUGGUAACGAUGUUUGUGAUCCUGCUCAUUCUUUUGAUGCUAUGACUCCUCCUAAUAUUUUCAGAGAAAAAAUACUUGAAAUUUGGAAUUAUCUUGAUACAGUUGUUCCAGCUGGAUCUCAUAUGAUUAUUUGGGGUGUCGCUGAUGGUAAAAUUCUUUAUGAUACCUUAAAGAAUAAGCUUGAACCUAUCGGCAUCACAUAUCCUAAUUUCUAUGAUUAUUUAAAUUGCUUAGGAAUUAGUCCUUGCUGGGGUUAUAUGAAUUCCAAUGCUACCACUAGAGACCUCACUGCUGACUGGGCAGCCUCUCUUAAUUAAGUUUACAGAGAUCUCUUAGCUGAUCCCACCAUUAAGUUCAAUAAUUUCGAUUUAGUUUAUUAUGAUCUUCCUAUUCAAUAAAUUAUCGAUAUGGCUAUUGCAAAUGGUUACACUGCUUAAGACAUUAUUGAACCAGUUGAUGGAUUCCAUCCUAGUUAACUUGCUAAUGAUUAUCUUGCCGAUAUCUUUUGGGCAAAUAUUAAGAGAGAUCGUCCUGAUUGGAUCCCUUUAAAAAAUCCUAAGAAUAACUUAAUUGAUCAAUUAUUCGGUAGUCCCUUUGCAAACCAAAACACCGCUUAAGCUUUCUGACUACAAAUAUUUGACUUAUAUAAAAAUAAAAAAAUACGUUAUUGAGUAUUUAAAAAUUUUAACAAAUGAAUAAAUUUAUUUUUUUAAUGAAAUUUAUAGUAAAUCUUUAAUUUUACGUACAA